GGCCUUAUUGGAUUAUAGAAGCCAAGCAGGGGGUGAGGACCCUCGGCUCUUCGGGGUGCUCGCAUUGCGAGGGUGGACGCCGCGGGGCCUACAACCUGCCAGCCUGCCAGACGUCUUAAUUAGAGCAGCUUGAAAACACUUGGAUUCAGCUAGAGGCGAUACUCAGGAGCUUCGAGGAGUUCUCAUCUCGUGGCAGCAAGGAGAUCUAUAGGUGCGAUCAUCCAUCCUGGUGCUACAUCCUGGACCAGGAAGCUGUUCUCACGCAGUGAUAAAACAAAAAAUCAACUAUGGAUGACUAUGGCAGACAGGCUGGUCCCAGGCGGUCCAGAGAGGAUGAAUUCAACGGACGGGAUCCUUACGGUGGUGGAGGGGGUGGUGCUGGUGGCGGAGGUGGACCAGGUACUCUUCAGAGGCUGGACAGCAUUCAAGAUCCGGGAAAGAGGUAUACUCUGAAGGAGUGCAUCGGAUCCGGAGUCUGUGGAGACGUUUACGAAGCGGUUGAUCAGCAGGCCGGGAACAAGCGAGUAGCCGUGAAGAUCCAGAAGCUGACACCGUAUAGUCAAUCCGUCAUCGUCGAGGAGUACAGAGUUCUCAGGGACUUUGCCGGGCAUCCGAAUCUUCCGGAUUUUUAUGGAAUUUACAGAAAACGUUCUGGAAAGAAAACAGAUUUCGAUCAGAUAUGGUUCAUCAUGGAGCUGUGCGAAGGUGGCCCUGUCAUGGACCUGGUGCGAGGACUCGCAGCAUCCGACCGGAAGUUGCGCGAAGAGCACAUAGCUUAUAUCCUGAAAGAAGUGGUCAAGGCGCUGGUCCAUCUUCAUGAGAACAACGUCAUCCACCGUGACAUACGUGGGAGUAAUAUUCUGUUGACGAAGGAGGGUGAGAUCAAGCUGGUCGACUUUGGUCUCUCAAGGAUGAUCAAGGGUGAGAUGGGCAAGAGGAAGACCUGCAUCGGAUCUCCAUGCUGGAUGGCACCGGAAGUCGUCACGAGCAAAAACGAUCCUGAAACUGGUUAUGGAAGUAGAGCGGAUGUCUGGGCGAUAGGAAUUACAGCGAUUGAAUUGGCUGAUGGAAAACCACCCUUUCAGGAUAUGCACCCUACUAGAGCCUUGUUCCAAAUUCUCAGAAAUCCACCACCAGGUCUCUACAGACCUGCCAACUGGUCCCAGAACUUCAACGACUUCAUAUCUGAAUGUCUUGAAAAGAAUCCGGAUAACAGACCCUUCAUGGCGGAAAUCAUAGAACAUCCAUUUCUGUCAGAACUGCCAGAAAAUGAUUAUACGCUCACUCAGGAGAUCAAGUCGUUAGCCAUGAACAUGAGCGCUAAGGGAAAGGUCGAUAGAAAACCAGAAGUCAUCGUUCGCAAAGGCUUCCUGAAGUCGCAUCAAACGGCACCACCCGAGCCGAUGUUUGUGGAAGACUUGGCAGCGCUCGAGCAUCUUUCCGAAGAUGCGAUUCUAGAUGAGUUACACGAGAGACUGAAACAGGGCUGCUUCCAGAGUUUCAUCGGAGACGUUCUUCUAAUUCUAAAUCCUAACGAGGAUCAGGACAUCUAUGGACCGCACUUUCACACAAAAUAUCAAUGCAAAUCUCGAUCGGACAAUGCACCUCAUAUCUAUACAGUGGCAGACAGCGCAUUUCAAGAUGUGCUGCACAACGAGGAACCUCAGCACAUUCUUCUCGCAGGUGAAAGUAAUUCUGGAAAAACAACCAACAUGCUGCAUGUCAUAAGGCAUCUUCUCUAUCUUGGAAAGGGUUUGCAAGACACUGGAGUGAGAGUGAUGAAGGCCAUUAAAAUACUCCAUGCGUUUAGCCACGCCGCGACGCCGUUGAAUCCAAACUCGACCAGAUGCGUCUUGCAGACACAAACCACCUUUGGUUCAACUGGGAAAGCAUCGGGCGCCAUUUUCUGGUUGUACCAGCUAGAAAAGUGGAGAGUUUCUACGAGAGAUAGAAAUCAGUCGAACUUCCAUAUCUUUUACUACUUGUACGAUGGCUUGGAUGCCAAGGGGAAGUUGCGAGAUUACUCCUUGACGAUAGGAAGGAAACUUCGCUACUUGAGAAUCGGAGAUAAGAGCACCGGAAGUAAACGCUCGUUCAAAGUGAGAAACGAUCCUUAUGGGAAUUCCGCUAAAUUUGCAGAACUUAAAGAGGAUCUGAAAAUAAUGGAAAUGGAAAGUUUAAUGGAUACAAUGUGGAAGAUCCUAGCGGCCAUUUUGAUCCUCGGUGAAGUCAAGUUUGCUGAAGGGAAUAACGGCGAGGCUGAAAUCGACAAUAUAGAUAUUGCCAAUAAAGUUGCUGAUCUUCUGAGUGUGGAUCAUAAAAAAUUUACCUGGUCACUCAUAAACUAUUGCUUGAUUAAAAAAGGCUCCGCCGUUAGAAGAAGACACACUUGCGAAGAAGCAAAGGAAGCCAGGGACGUUCUGGCGAAUACGAUUUAUCAGCGACUCGUGGACUGGCUCGUCAACAACAUCAAUCUUAAACUCAUGACCACCCGUACUCUUUUCGGUGACAAAUUCAGCAUCAGCGUUCUGGAUCUUUAUGGAUUCGAAUGCUUCUCUGUCAACAGAAUAGAACAAUUAGUAAUAAACACAAUGAACGAACAACUUCAGUGUCAUUAUAACCAAAGAGUCUUUGCUUGGGAAAUGCAAGAGCAAGAAGAGGAUGAGAUCCCGGUACAGCAGCUACAUUUCUAUGACAAUAAAGAAGCCAUCGAUCAGCUUAUGGGCAGAAAUAACGGACUGUUUCAUAUAAUUGAUGAUGCCUCCAGACAGAUGCAGGACGCUCAAUACAUCCUGGAGAAUAUCAAAAAGUCCUCCAAAGGACUCCACGUGAAACCUGUGAGCUCGCACGAGUUCACCGUUGCUCAUUACACCGGGAAGCUCGUCUACGAGGCCAAUGAGAUUGCUGAGAAGAACAGAGACUUUCUGCCGCCGGAAAUGAUCGAGACCAUGAGACUCUCGAAAAACGAUGCAGUCACAGAGAUGUUCUUUAACCAGUUGACAAAAUCCGGGAAUCUGACGGUCGUAGUGGAGGAGCCGAAAGUUCCUGAGAAAAAAACAGUCAAGAGUAAAUGGAGUGCAGUUAUGCAGGACAAUACUAAGCUACGGAAAUUUAAUACCGCGUCGAGAGGACAAUUCUCGCAAACUCGUAAAAUGCGAACCUGCGCCGCUGUCUUCCGGUCAACCAGUCUGGAGAUUCUGAAGAAUCUUUCGAUAGGAGGCGGAAGUGGUGGUACCCACUUCGUCAGGUGUAUACGAGCAGACCUGGAGGGUAUACCACAAGGGUUCUACAGGGACGUUGUAAGACAGCAAAUCAGAGCCCUGGCAGUCCUGGAUACUGCUAAGGCCAGACAACGUGGCUAUCCACACAGAAUUCCAUUUCAAGAAUUCAUCAGAAGAUAUAAAUUCCUGGCAUUUGAUUUCGAUGAGAACGUGGAAAUGACUAAGGACAACUGCAGACUACUUCUGAUCAGAUUAAAGAUGGAAGGUUGGAUAAUUGGCAAGACCAAAGUCUUCCUCAAAUAUUACAACGAGGAGUACCUGUCCCGUUUAUAUGAGACCCAGGUGAAAAAAAUCGUAAAGGUCCAGUGCAUGAUGCGCGCGUUCCUCGCUAGAAAAACAAUGGCGACAAAGGCGACCAAAGGGAAGAAGGAAGUCGUGAAGAAAGCGUCGAUAAGCAAGAACCCGAGCCAGGAAAUGACGCAAGAAGAAGCUGCGCUAGCGAUACAGAAAGCGUACAGGGGUCAUGCUGUCAGGAAGGAAAUGGGUCCAGUCCUGAAGGGGGAGAUGGAUCAGGAGACGAAGGACUUCAUGAGGUUUUACAGCAGCAAAUGGCGGUCGAAGAGUAUAUUUCAAGUCCUCCUACAGUACCGUGCAGCCCGUUAUCAAGACCUCGUGCAAUUUUGCCAACAGGUUCAUCUGUACAAUCAGGCGACAGUGGGGGUACUUCGGAUGAACAUUGACCGUGUGCCCCUAGAGAGGGUUGAGCCAGGGAUAAAGGUUUCGUCCUAUCUGGGAAAUCGUCGGCCACCACAAGUACACAAACUGCCCUUUGACAUACGUCAAGAGAUGCCCUUCUUUGACACAAGCUUCAUGAAUGACCCCUCGAAGACUCAUAAAGGAACCGGAUCCAUAUCAUCGUUGACGUCUGACGACGAGCACGAGGCCUGGGAUGCGCCGUUACGCCGCCAAACCGUGCCCUGGGCCAACGCCAACGUCCACACCAGAGACGUCGAGGUUCAAACAACGAACUCUCCUCAUCGCGUAGCGAACGCACCGACCGCCGGAGGCCAGAGUCUGAUCAACACUCCGUUUUCCAGGGACCCCAAUGUCCCCGUGCGCUGUCCACCGGAAGACGUCCCCAGGUCUAAGUCAACUUCCGGAUUUUCACAGCAAGCCAGUAAUCGUAGCCCCGUGCGAACUAGUAACGCUCAUAAUCCUCGCUCAAACAAUUACGAUAAUUCCGGAUCGAUUCGCUCUAGAAAAAAGGUCCCACCGCCACCUAUUCCGUAUAAUCAAGCAGGAGCCAUAACGAGAGUUCAAAAUAGUUAUCAGCCUGAGAAUCGAGCCAACGAGUGGGAAUUCGAAGACAAACUGAACAGAAAUAGCAGCAGUAAUAGUCGAGUAAAUCCUAUUCAAGAAAUGCAGAUGAUGGCACGUCGUAACAACAACCAUCCAGAGUCAGAGGAUGAGCCACCGUUCAACUUCCAGGCAAUGCUACGAAAGACACAGCAUCCUCGUGCCUCCAUGAAGCGUACCCCAGUCUAUGAGAGUUACGGAGGAUACUCGGGUCGCGACGACGUCUACGAGUCGAACGUCGUCUACAGGAGCAGUGGAAGUCGGCGAGACUCACCGGAAUGGAGUCCCAACGAGAUGGUCAGGAUGUCCGAGAAAUAUGGUAGGGAAGGAGCCUGGGGUCAGAAAGAACGUGAAAAUGUCUUGGACUACGCCGAGAGUAUCACGACUGAGCUUGCACCUGGAAUCGUGGUGGAAGGUUACGUAGCGGAUUUGUAAAUCCCUUGAGAAGUCAAAGGAUCCACACAACAAAAUUUAAAAAAAGCAAUAUCACCAAGCGAAAGAGGAAUUGGAAACUAAAAUAUAUAGACAGGAUAUCUUCCUAACCGCUCAGCACAGCUAGGAGAUUAUUAAAGGUAUAAUAAAGAAAACGGAACAUAUACGCAACUGCCUAAUGGUAUUAAUGCUAUUACCUAAGUUCUAUUCCAUUCUUAUCACUCAGCCGCAUUGUCAGAUAGGUCAAAGCGUAAUAAUCAUUGUCCAACCAACCCUCUCUCUUACUCCCUCUGUAUUACAAUAUUUUGAUUGACAAUUAUUAUACUUUAUCGCGAUCAACGAUAUGUAUUGUUAAUAUUAAAAUGAUAAAUAAAUAAUUAAAUAUAUACAUUAAA